GCCUUACUUAGCCUGCCCGGCAUAAGGUGGUGCCGUAAAACGGAGCAGCGAUAGUAUAUUGCUGGCAGAGUAGUGUUAGUGUCAGUGUAGUGUGCACGAGCCGAUAAAAUUCAGUGCGCGUGAUAAGUGUGUUCGGCGGCGUUUUGGGCAGCCAUCAUCAUCACACUGUGCCGAUGUGUCAAAAGUGAAAGGAAGAGCGAAAUAAUUUGAUCACGGCCACUAAAGAAGGAAAGUUAACGCUUCCUUUUGGCACACCGUUUUCAUUGUUCAAGUGCGAAGUUACAGUACAAAGAGAAAAAAAAAUACACACAGCCCACCGAUUGCAUCAAAAUCACCUCCAUCGGUUGCAAUUUGUCGAGUGGUUCGACGAAUUUCGUCAAAAGCAAAGCAGCGAAAGUUGGAGGCAGCCGCCGCCUGGGCAAAAGGGGAAUAAACAUAAACGCCAACGAAACGCCGAUGCUGCCGACCAGCGAACAAGAGCAAAUGAUCUUUCCUCAAUGAGAGCAGUCCCCGAAGCCGAGCAACUGCAGCAGGAGUUAUCACCACCAUGAGGACCCUCGACCGAGACUCCGCAGUGUGUCUGCUAUGGUCAACAUGCCUGUUGGCCUUGCACUUUACGAUACCAGCCACCGAUGCCGCCGAAUCCAGCUUGAUGAGCCACGUCGAAAAGCAGCGCUACGACGGAUGGUACAACAAUCUGGCCCAUCCGGACUGGGGAGCUGUCGAUAAUCACCUGACAAGGAAAGCUCCGUCGGCGUAUUCGGACGGGGUGUAUGUGUUGGCCGGUGCCAAUCGACCCUCGCCCCGCAAGCUCAGCCGACUGUUCAUGCGUGGCACCGAUGGGCUACCAUCGAUGGAAAACCGUACCGCUCUGCUGGCCUUCUUCGGUCAGGUGGUGACGAACGAGAUAGUCAUGGCGUCCGAAUCGGGCUGUCCGAUCGAGAUGCACCGCAUCGAGAUCGAGAAGUGUGACGAAAUGUAUGAUCGAGAGUGUCGCGGCGAUCGCUACAUACCGUUCCACCGUGCGGCCUACGAUCGUAAUACGGGCCAGAGCCCGAAUGCACCACGCGAACAAAUCAAUCAGAUGACGGCUUGGAUCGAUGGUAGCUUCAUCUACAGUACGUCGGAGGCAUGGCUGAACGCGAUGCGAUCGUUCCAGGACGGUGCACUGCUGACGGACAAGCAGGGCACGAUGCCGAUAAAGAACACGAUGCGGGUCCCACUGUUCAACAAUCCUGUGCCGCAUGUGAUGCGGAUGCUUAGCCCGGAACGGCUGUACCUUCUCGGUGAUCCUAGAACUAACCAAAAUCCAGCCCUACUGUCGUUCGCCAUUCUGUUCCUACGUUGGCACAAUGUGGUAGCGAAGCGCGUCCGACGACAGCACCGAGAUUGGAGUGAUGAAGAAAUCUUCCAACGCGCACGCCGUGUAGUGAUCGCUAGUCUGCAAAACGUGAUCGCCUACGAGUAUCUGCCAGCGUUCCUGGACAAGGAGAUACCUCCGUACGAUGGUUAUAAGGCCGACACCCAUCCGGGUGUAAGCCAUAUGUUCCAGGCUGCUGCUUUCCGAUUUGGACAUUCUUUGAUUCCACCGGGACUGUUUCGUCGCGAUGGUCAGUGCAACUUCCGUCGUACUAAUAUGGACUUUCCUGCGCUUCGCCUAUGUUCAACAUGGUGGAAUUCUAACGACGUGCUUGACAACACACCGGUAGAAGAGUUCAUCAUGGGCAUGGCAUCGCAGAUCGCCGAAAAGGAAGACCCCCUGCUGUGCUCGGACGUGCGCGAUAAAUUGUUCGGACCGAUGGAGUUUACACGCCGGGAUCUUGGUGCUUUGAAUAUUAUGCGCGGUCGUGACAACGGACUUCCAGACUACAAUACAGCGCGUGCGGCGUACCGGCUGCCAAGAAAGAAAAAUUGGCGUGACAUCAACCCGCAGGUGUUUGAGCGGCAGCCUGAACUACUGGAGUUGCUAAUCAAUACGUACGAUAACCAGCUGGACAACGUAGACGUUUAUGUCGGUGGCAUGCUGGAGUCCGAUGGUAGACCUGGGGAACUGUUCUCGGCUGUCAUCAUUGAUCAGUUUACCAGAAUUCGUGACGCCGAUCGGUUUUGGUUCGAGAAUGAAGAUAACGGCAUAUUCACCAAAGAAGAAAUAGCCGAAAUACGCAAGUUCACGCUCUGGGACAUCAUCGUCAACAGUACGGACAUCGAAGCGGACGAAAUUCAGCGUGAUGUUUUCCACUGGAAGCAAGGCGAUCCCUGUCCGCAACCGGAACAGCUCAACGCAACAUUGCUCGAACCGUGCAACUAUCUCGAGGGCUACGAUUAUUUCUCCGGCUCGGAGCUGGCGUACAUCUACUCGUGCGUCUUUCUAGGCUUCGUGCCCAUUCUAUGCGCUGGUGCGGGAUACUGCGUGAUCAAGCUACAGAACAGUCGACGCCGCAAGCUGAAAAUCAAACAAGAAGCCAUGAAAAACACUGCCAACAGUAAAGUGUCGGUGGAGAAAAUGGUAGCUCGCGAGUGGUUGCACGCGAACCACAAACGACUGGUGACAGUCAAAUUCGGACCGGAAGCGGCUAUCUACACGGUCGAUCGCAAGGGCGAGAAACUUCGCACCUUCAAUCUGAAGCACGUCGAUGUGGUGACGGUGGAACAAUCGCAAGAAAACUACAAGGCAAAGAAACCGUACAUAUUGCUGCGCGUACCGAGCGAUCACGAUCUGGUGCUGGAACUGGAAUCGAACUCGGCUCGUCGGAAGUUUGUGAAAAAGCUGGAGGACUUCCUAGUGGUGCACAAAAAGUCUAUGACAUUCGUUGAGUCGAAUCGCGACCUAAUGCUGGCCAAGGCAGAAACUCGUGAGCGUCGUCAGAAGCGGCUGGAACAUUUCUUCCGUGAGGCUUACGCACUUACGUUCGGAUUACGUCCCGGCGAGCGCCGUCGUCGCUCGGAUGCAUCGCUGGACGGUGAGGUAAUGACGGUGAUGCGCACCAGUCUGUCAAAGUCGGAGUUUGCGGCAGCACUCGGCAUGAAACCGGACGACAUGUUCGUUCGAAAGAUGUUCAAUAUCGUCGAUAAGGACAAAGACGGAAGAAUAUCCUUCCAGGAAUUCUUGGAGACCGUGGUGUUGUUUUCGCGCGGAAAAACUGACGAUAAACUGAGGAUCAUCUUCGAUAUGUGUGACAACGAUCGAAACGGAGUGAUCGAUAAGGGAGAGCUGAGUGAGAUGAUGCGAUCUUUGGUGGAGAUCGCUCGAACCACAAGCGUGACUGAUGAACAAGUUAACGAGUUGAUCGACGGCAUGUUCCAGGACGUUGGUCUCGAGCAUAAAAAUCAUCUAACCUACGAGGAUUUCAAGCUGAUGAUGAAGGAAUACAAGGGAGACUUUGUUGCGAUUGGCUUGGAUUGUAAGGGUGCUAAGCAGAACUUCCUCGACACAUCCACCAACGUUGCUCGCAUGACCUCGUUCCAUAUUGAACCGAUCUCGGACUCACGCCGUCACUGGAUGCAGGAAAAGUGGGACUGCUACACGACCUUCCUGGAGGAAAAUCGUCAAAACAUCUUCUAUCUUUUCCUGUUCUACGUUAUCACGAUUGUCUUGUUUGUGGAGCGAUUCAUUCACUAUUCCUUUAUGGCUGAGCACACUGAUCUACGGCACAUCAUGGGCGUCGGUAUUGCGAUAACACGCGGGUCCGCUGCUUCACUGUCAUUCUGUUACUCUCUUUUGCUGCUCACAAUGUCCAGAAACCUGCUGACAAAGCUGAAAGAGUUCCCAAUCCAACAGUACAUCCCGCUUGAUUCGCACAUUCAAUUCCACAAGAUCGCCGCCUGUACGGCGCUGUUCUUUUCGCUGCUCCACACCGUGGGACACAUCGUGAACUUCUACCACGUUUCCACACAAUCGAUCGAGAAUCUGAAAUGUCUCACGAAAGAAGUGCACUUUACGUCCGACUACCGGCCCGACAUCACGUACUGGCUGUUCCAAACCAUCACCGGCGUUACCGGGGUCAUGCUGUUCGUCACAAUGUGCAUCAUAUUCGCCUUCGCCCAUCCGACCAUUCGCAAGAAGGCGUACAAGUUCUUCUGGAACGCACACUCCCUGUACGUGGUGCUGUACGCAUUGUGUCUCGUGCACGGGCUUGCCCGGCUGACCGGUGCGCCCAGGUUCUGGCUGUUUUUCAUCGGGCCCGGCAUUGUGUACACGCUCGAUAAGAUCGUCUCGCUUCGCACAAAGUACAUGGCACUGGAUGUCAUUGAAACCGAUCUGCUACCAUCGGAUGUCAUCAAGAUCCGAUUCUACCGGCCGCCGAAUCUAAAGUAUCUGUCCGGCCAGUGGGUACGGCUAUCGUGCACAGAGAUAAAGCCGGAGGAAAUGCACAGCUUUACGCUCACGUCGGCACCGCACGAGAACUUCCUCAGCUGUCACAUCAAGGCACAGGGUCCGUGGACUUGGAAGCUGCGCAACUACUUCGACCCGUGCAACUACAACCCGGACGAUCAGCCGAAGAUACGCAUCGAGGGACCGUUCGGUGGGGGCAAUCAGGAUUGGUACAAGUUCGAGGUCGCCGUUAUGGUUGGUGGCGGAAUCGGUGUAACGCCGUACGCAUCGAUCUUGAACGAUCUCGUGUUUGGUACGAGCACCAACCGUUACUCGGGAGUGGCCUGUAAGAAGGUGUACUUCCUCUGGAUUUGUCCGUCGCACAAGCACUUUGAGUGGUUCAUCGAUGUGUUGCGAGAUGUGGAGAAGAAGGACGUUACGAACGUGCUGGAGAUUCACAUUUUUAUCACACAAUUUUUCCACAAAUUCGACCUACGAACUACCAUGCUGUACAUUUGCGAGAACCACUUCCAACGACUCUCGAAAACGUCCAUGUUUACCGGGCUCAAAGCAGUGAACCACUUCGGACGUCCAGACAUGUCCAGUUUUCUCAAAUUCGUACAGAAGAAACAUUCUUACGUUUCCAAGAUCGGAGUCUUCUCGUGCGGUCCACGACCACUGACUAAGAGUGUCAUGUCGGCGUGCGAUGAAGUGAACAAGAGCCGCAAAUGGCCAUACUUCAUACAUCAUUUUGAAAACUUUGGAUAAGCAGCAGCGGGCAGAAAAACCCUCUCCACACACCGUCAUCGUCCUUUUUCAUCGUCCAAUACCGAUAAGCUAUUCAUAAUGUACGGUCUCUUAUUCGAUCAUUCGAGGGGCUCAGUUGCUCAUGAGAAUUUCGCUAGCGAAACGUGUGUCGUCGAUCAUUUUUAUAUACUAGUGUUCUGUGUUUGUCUACGUUUUUGCUUGUAUGUGAAACUUUCGUCCGUUUCAAACAGUUUCAGUAUUUACAAUAUUAUCGUUCGAUUGCUAUCCCGCUGCCGACGAGUCCGGUUCGUUCAUUUUAAUGUUAGUUGUACAACGUCCAGAUCUUAGUUACGUCCCAGAACACUGCCUCAAAGGCGUAUUUAUUCCACUUCCAAAUGGAAGAACGCAUGAACAUACCAUACAUUGCCAAGCGAAACUCUACCCAAGUGUCCUAUCCUGCUCACGACAGCAACAGUUGUAUCGGCUUGGCUUUGGCAGGCCAGGAACCUGCUCAACAUAUGUUAAGUAAUAAGAAUCUACAUCAAGCGUAUGCAGCAGAGCGAUCACACGGAUAACUACCAUUUCAUAAUGCGUGAUAUUACAUAUACGGAAUAAUCGCAACGAUUUGCUAGCAGCAUAGAAGGAAAUAAGGCCGCUAGCAGAUCGUUUUCUUCGCUGAGCGCAUGUACUCUGCUGUUUAUACGUUCUUACGCUGGUCUACCUUUACUCUCACUAACUGCCAGAAUAUGUACCUUGUUUGUGGUUUUUUUGUGUACAGCUUGUCAUGUUCAGUGUAGCCCACUUCAGUGUUGAGCUUUUAGUACGUUUUAUUUUCAUCGAUGUGUAUGUUGCUCUUGCUCAAGCUAUUUUACGCUGGCCUUUUAGGGAGUAAGUCAUUGCUGUUGUAACUGGCGAAUAAGUUAGCAAAAACAAUGUAAAUAUGCAUUAAAAUCGUUGCUGUAUUUAUUAUACUGUGUCCGCUACCAAUAAACGUAAGCAUCCCAAAAACAA